UGCUAAAAUGUCAUGUCACAAAUCACAAGUCCACUUAAUCUGGUUGUGAGGACUGGAUAAUGAUAUUAGAGUAUUUUACAUUGUAAUAGAGUGCCACUGGUGUGUUGGAGCACAGGUGGUGAAUGUGCAUCUGAUAAUCUGUAGUAGUUUUUUGGUGGAUUCCUUCCCAAUAUAAGUAUUGUGUUGAUGUACAGAAUAUAAUAAUAUUGUCUACCGUCUAGCAUCAGUGGAAGUUACCUACUAAUCUAGUUUUAUAAAUAAAAUACAGUAAAAACAAAAAUAAACAGUUAUAUACUUAUCCAGCUGCUCUUAUCAACCACAAUCUUAGUGUUUACUGACAGGAAGGGUUUGGACCUCAGCGUGCAGUGGUGGAGAACCAGAAAAAGACAGAACUUCAUGUUGGUUUUUACAGACGUACACGUCCUCACCGACGCUGCUAUAACAUCUCCUCGGCCAAAGAGAUUUAUGUGACGUUCUGGAGGAUACACACGCGGUGAUCUGUGCUACAGACAGAAUGGAGAUUAAAGUGUCUGUUGAUGGCGUCCAACGCGUUGUUUGCGGCGUUACCGAAACGACAACGUGUCAAGAAGUAGUAAUCGCUUUAGCCCAAGCUCUGGGUCGUACGGGUCGCUACACUCUGAGAGAGAAUUUCAAAGGCUAUGUGCGCCACGUGAGCCCCGACGAAAACCUUGUCGAGUCCCUGGGGAAGUACGGCCAACAAGCCAGGGAGGUCCAGCUCUCCCUACACCACCUAGGACCCUCUCAAGUGGACUGGCCAAACAAGCCACGUGUUCAGUUAAGACGGGUCGAGGGAGGAGGAAGACUGUGCCGGGGUAGCACAGGAGCAGCCUUCUACCGCCAGAGCCUCCCUCCGCUCUCUCAACGACACCCCGUAUGUCCCCCUGAAGAGGCGAAGAGGCCCAAGAGGAAAUCAUUAACUCUGAUGGAGGAAGCAUGGAGUUGGCUGGAGAAUCUGGGAAGGGGAAGAAAGCAGCAAUCAACACGAGAUAAGAGAGAAAAAGAAGAGAACGAUGGAGAAAAACGACGACUAGAUAAGCUAGAUAAACUAAUCCAAGGCUCCACAGUAUUACAAGGGAAAGAUAAAAAUAGAACAGACAACAAAAAAUGGAAGCCCAGAGAAAAGGAUGACGAAACAGAGUUAAGUGAAAGUGUAACGGAAAGUAAAACACAAAAGAAUAAAGAAGCAUUAGUCGUUAAAAAGCCGGUCGAGGUUUCAGAACAGGAAGGAGCCCCAGACGCAAUGGAGAACCUGAAAAAAUUAAUAAUCCAACAACAGGCUAGUCUGAGAGGACUCAAGCUUAAAAUAGCCUCCACUGACAAACAGAUUUUUAAGCUUGAAAUGCAGCGAGCAGAAUCGAUGUCUGACGAGGAAGAACAGCUCGCGUUUUGGAUCAACGAGCUCAAGGCAGAAGACGGCUACGAGAAAGUCCUGCAGAAGCAGUUCCUGUAUUUGAAAGACAAAGCAGCAGAGUGCAAAAAUAAGUUAGAAGAGUAUAAAAUCAAGCUGCAGAGGAUAGACGUCACAAACAUAAAACCUCAGUUCCAAACGAAGCUUGAGAUCUCUGAUAGAACAGAGACAGAUCCUAUUCCAGGAUGUCCGGAAUCAGUGAGUGAGAAAGAGAAAAUAGCCACCGAUAUCCCAGAUGGAGACAGUAAGGAGAAGAUGGCAAUCGCUAGGGUGGAAUCAAAACUCCCUUGCAUUUUAGUUACUGGGGAAGAGAUGGCAGAAGCCCAGCCAAGUAGUCCAACAGAGCUUAGGGAAUGGUGGAGUCGAUGGACCGAAGCUCAGAAAUCCACCUCAGCAUCGACAUCGAAAGUUGUGCACCGCUCCGAAAUUAUAAUCCACCUCCGAAGUACAAGAGUUUAAAAUUGGACACCAAGACUUAUGUAACAUUUCCAUCUCUGUAUUAAAGCUGACUAAUAUGAAAAUCAAAUAGGCAGCACGUCACAGGAAUUUGUUUUCAUAAAACAUUUAUUUCAAUUGUUUCAUUCCAGACCAUUAACAAAAAAAAAAAAAAGAAAAAAGAAAAAAAAAAAAAAAAAGGAUAUAGGAAAACCGGUGGCUCAGCAGUAACGCACUGAUCUCCAGGAAAGAAAAAGAAAAAAAAGUUUUAACAGUAAUAUUUGAUUUUCAGUAAGGAGCACAGCAAAUAGUCUCUACAUGAAAUCCUGAUCUUAUAGUUUUUGAAUGGAACCAUUUGUAUUGUGUCCCCUUUGUAUCUCACAGGUUAUGUAGACUUUUUUUUUUUAAGUUUUUAUUUUUUUAUUUUUUUGUUUGUUUUAACCUCCCACUAACUAAAUAGCACACAUUACAUAUAGUAUACUUUAUCCACAGGUCUUUCUGGAUACAGUUUAGUAUCAGAUCUACUGAAAGUUUGCCACUGUAAGAUUUUUUUUUGUUUUUGUUUUUUUGUUUGGCAUUUAUUCAGGAAAAGAGUAUACCUCUACUGUGUGGUCGGGUUUGUUUUGUUGUUUUAUUUAGAGACUUGAGGCACCUUAAU